AUGGCGGAAGCCUCCAAGAAUUCCCUCUUGUCCUCGAAACCUUCGGAGAGUGACCUCAACGUCUCUCUCCAUCCUCUUGUUCUCCUCACCAUAUCCGAUCAAGUCACAAGGCAUUCGGUGCGAAGACAGCCGGGUCCAGUAGUGGGCGCGCUUCUUGGACAGCAAAGAGGCAGAGACGUUACAGUGGAAUAUGCUUUUCCUGCUGCAAUAGUGAAAGGCCCAGAGGGGCAAUGGCGGUUCAACUGUGAGUGGAUGGAAACGAGGAUACAGCAGUACAUGGCCGUUCAUAAAUUACCCGCACUUGGAUUUGUUGGCUGGUUCACCCUAUGCCCGCGUGAAGGCCCCUUGCCCGAAUUCAUGUAUCUCCAGAAACAAGCCAUCGAUUUCUGCAAUGACAACGCCAUUCUCCUCGCUUUACACCCUGAAGCUAUCCAAUCAAGCGACACAGGUGGAGGGAAACUUCCCAUCACGAUUUACGAGAGCAUCGACGACCGCGAACAGCCCAACGAUGAUGGCGACAGAGAAGAGGGGUCAAUGCAAAUUGACGGAGAAGAGACAUCAAUCACCAAGUUCCGCCAACUACCAUACACAAUUGAGACGGAUGAGACAGAAAUGAUUGCAAUAGAUUAUGUGGCUAAAGGGGCUGGUGGCGCAGCGGCAGUCGACGAUGCACAGCCCCGGGAGCCCGCUUCAAAAUCCGUCGAACCGCCUCCAACAGAUAAGAAGGGCAAAAGGCGAGCAGAUCCAAGUUCAGAGACAUCCGACGUACAAGAAAUAAACGGCGUGGAGGAGCCAAUUAAGACGCUCACACCGGAAGAAGAAGACCAAAUCGCUGGUAUAACGACCCGUCUCAACGGCGUAAAGAUGCUCCAGUCUCGCCUUGCCCUCUUGACAAAGUUUAUCCAAUCCCUCCAGCCCUCGUAUAUCUCUGCCUCAGGCACUGACAGCGUGCCUAUUUCACUGACCCCAACAAGUCCGGACCCAUCUCAUCUCCCUCACCUACGCAACAUCCAUGCCCUCCUCACCCGCCUUUCUCUCCUCACUCCGCCCACGCAAGCUGCCCAACCACAGCAGCCUUUAGCGUCCGCUUCCCUCGCGCAAUCUAACGACGUCUCUCUCGUCACCCUCCUCUCUCUUCUAGGUCAAGACAUCCAGGCACUCUCAGAGCUCGGGCGCAAGUCAGUUACAGUGGAGGCGAAUAAGGGUAGUUCGAGAGGCAAGCACCAACAGCAAGGAGGACCGAAAGGUGUAGGUGGAGGCGGACCAGGGAUGGGACCCAGCGGACCGAGUGGCUUCGCGGGCAUAGGUGAAGGCGAUGUCCUAUUUGCCGGCGCUGCGGGCGUGAACAGUGCAGGGGCGUCGGCGAUGGUGUAA